UGGGCGGUGGCGUGUCUGGCCGCGCGGCGUGCAGGGACGGGUAGUUCUAGACACCCCCCACGCCCGGGCGCUCGCUAGGAGAUGGCCAAAGUUUGUGCUAUUUUUGGCGGAUCCCGAGGAAUUGGAAAAGCUGUUGCACAGCUACUGGCACAGAAAGGAUACCGCUUGGCUAUUAUUGCUAGAAACUUGGAAGUAGCCCAAACCACAGCAAAUCACCUGGGAGCAGGUCACCUGGCACUUAGCUGUGAUGUAGCCAAAGAACAAGAUGUCCAAAAUACAUUUGAAGAGAUGGAGAGGAAUUUAGGUCCUAUUAAUUACUUGGUUAAUGCAUCUGGGAUCAACAGAGAUGGCUUAUUAUUGAGAACCAAGACCGAAGACAUGCUAUCUCAAAUUCACACCAACCUUUUGGGUACAAUGUUGACUUGCAAAGCUGCUGUGAGAAGCAUGAUUCAACAGCAGGGAGGUGCUAUUGUUAACAUAGGAAGUAUUGUUGGACUCAAGGGCAACUCUGGUCAGAGUGUAUACAGUGCCAGUAAAGCAGGAUUAGUUGGAUUUUCACGCUCUCUUGCUAAAGAAGUAGCAAGAAAGAAAAUUCGAGUCAACAUGGUUGCUCCAGGUUUUGUUCGCACAGAUAUGACUGCCCAUUUGAAAGAAGAACAGAUGACAAAAACGAUUCCUCUUGGAAGAUUUGGAGAUCCUCAUGAAGUCGCACAAGCUGUUAUCUUUCUUCUAGAGUCUCCUUAUGUUACAGGACAUAUUCUAGUUGUAGAUGGAGGUUUGCAACUUCUGGCUUAAAUGUCACAACAGUCUGUAUAAAAUGACCAAAGUAAAGGGAAAACUGAACUUGGCUGAUGAAAAAUGAGGUGUGUAAUUGAGUGGGUACUUUGAGUUGGUGCUCUUUAAUCAAGAACGUAAAGUAAUCUUUGAUAAGUGAAGUAAUAAAUUGGUUUAGGGUUUCGGAUUUAUAAAGCCACAUGCACUAUUCUCAUAUAGCUGAAGCCUGCAGCUAUAACACUAAUUUAGAAAAUGUGUGGUAAGGUACACCAUAGAGUACUUUUAUUCUCUGGAGGUUGGGAAUGGAACUGUUCUAAAUAAUAGUUUGAAAUUAAUGAUAUAGCUUUCUAAGUCCAAAUUUUUAUUGCUGUUGAAGUUUUACAUUUGGGGAUGUGAGUUAUGCUCUGAAUGAGCUUGUUUGAGCAUGUUUAUUAGUCAGUAAUUGUGAUUGCUCUUUUGACCAGAUAUUUCCAGGUAAUAGAAAGUUAAACUGCCCAGCAGGGAGGAAAUCAUGAACUUGUAUUUUUAUACUCCUAUCAAAUAUUCUAUGAUAAGAAAUAUAUCAUGCAGUGUUUUGUAAUAAAUUGAAAGGGUUCCAUUUAUUUCUUGUUUGCAGCCAAGAUAAUGGAUUUUGUAGUUCCCCAGCAUAAUUGGAAUGUUCUCAAGGGAUUUUAGUGGUAUGCACUAAAUUGAGGGUUGGCUUUGUGGCAAAUAAAAGAUAAUACUGUAAAGAAAAGAUACUCAAUGAACAUGUGAAAUACCCCUUGAAAUUCGUGCAUGCUCAGUUCAGCCAGUCUGUGUAAGUUGGUCUCUGAUUUUUGAAUGUGGAAUAAUGUAUUUGUGUAUAUUUAAAUUUAAUAUUAUUUAAAGCAACUUCUGAGGAGUGAGUUAUAAUUAUGUUACACUUCUUUUCCCCUUACUGAAAUAUAAUCAAAUAUUUGACUUUGGGCCUUUCACUUUUUUCCUGUAAAUGGUCUAUUUUCUUUUGAGAAAACAAAACAUAUGUGGUAUUGAAAUGAAUGAUGGAACAAGUAAACAAUGCUUUUUUUCACAACAAAA